AUGCCUCCCGUGUCGAGCAAGAGCAAGGGCAGUAAAGCCCAGCCUCGCGACAACAGGCGCUCACGAAGUCGCAACACGACUCCCAUCUCCACCGGUCCCAGCGUCGUGAUCAAGAGCGAACCCAGCACCUCGACCUAUAUCCAGACGCCGUUCACGCACUUCUCUGUACCCCUAGACUUGACUGUGGAGGCUAUAUUCGAGCGCAGCGGCAAUUCGAAAGACAUACCUGGAGCUGCGAGUUUGCAAGCUGCGCAUGAGGCGGUAAAGACACAAUUGCUGGCGCAUGUGAAGGAGAGGGCAGAGCUGUGUGAUCGGGUGAUGCGGGAGCUGUCAAAGAAGCGGAAGGAACGACUCGAGCAGGAGCGCGAAAAGGAAAGGUCAGACAGAGAGGCUGAGGAAAGGAGGGCGAAGCUGAAGAAGGAGAAGAGGAAGAGAGAAUCACAGGAGGAGCGGCCGCCGGCUGUGGGUGCGCAUGGUGUGGCUAGGCAGGAUGGAGUGGAUGUGCAUAAAGGCACCGCCCCGAACGCAGAAGCGGGACCCUCAAGGAGCGCCUCCGAAGCCGACCGUCAACCUCCUCCGGCCGACCCUGUAACACAUUACGAGGUUUUUGGAUCUGAUCCGACCACAUUUCCCGAUCCCACUAUUUAUCACAUCCGCGAAGUCACGCCCGGUAUGACAGAGGAGGAAAAGAAAGAGAUAUACUGCGUGGCCGAGUAUCCCCACGAUGACCUCCAUGACCUUACUCCUGGCACGCCGCCGGACAGGGACUUCUCGAAUGCCAAACCAGCAAAUCAAGUCAACGCGACCGUCUUCGCGAACUACGUCGAGCCCUACAUCCGUCCCUUGACAGAAGAGGAUAUAGCAUUUCUCAAGGAGCGCGGCGAUCGGGUAACACCAUUUAUCAUGCCGCGCCGCGGUCCACGACACUACAAAGAGAUCUGGGCGGAAGAGGACAGCGGUAUGGCUGUGGAUGGGGUGAAAAAGGAGACAGCAGACCCGAACGAGGCUCGAGGAAGCAUAGAAGACAUCAACGACGAGGUGGCCGAGACAGAUGCCGUAUCCACCGGCCCAGUUCUGGCGCGCCUAAUCUCCACCCUCCGACCUGAAGCUCGACCAACCACCACAGCAACCACGAACGGCGAGGCGAACGGCACGACCAGCCACGACCCAGACAGGAUGGACGUAGACGGCGAGCCCACGAACCAUGUCAACGACUUAAACCUCCCCGGCCGCCCCGUCUCCGCAACCUCCUUCCCCGACGCCGCCUGGAAAUCCUCCUCCCCACCCCCCCGACCCGACUACGCCACCCUCGACGAGCGCCUCCUCCAAGAGCUCGUGCACGCCGGUUUCAUCCCGCCCGCCACGAACCCAGACUAUACAGCCCACUACGACGAUGCCGUGGCCGGCCGUCUGCGCUACCUCCAAUCCGAGCUCCGCCGCCAAAGCAUCAUCAACGGCGCGCGCAAGGCGCGGCUGCUUGAGCUCGCCGAGGUGAGAAUGGCGCAGCAGGAAUACAGCACCAUUGCCGACGACCUGGACAACCAGCUCAACGCCGCGUACCUGAAGCGGAAUAGGAGUUUGAGCAAGACGGUGAAGAAGAAGCCGGGGGUGCCCAAGGCGGGGCAGGGCGUUGCGGUCGUGAAGGGGGAGGGGAGGGGCGUUGGCGAGGGGAUUAGAGAUCUCAUGGCACGGAAGAAGGAGUGGAAUUCGUUGAUUGGGCCGGUCGUUGAUGGGGGGAGGGCGUCGAUUCCUAAGGAGACGGUGUUUCCGGAGGAUAUCAUGAAGGUGUAUGAGGAGAGGGAGGCCGAGGGGUGGGACAACGUUGAGGAGUGA